GUGUGGCAGGCAGGUGACACGCUCGUCAGAGCUGGGGCUGCAAGAGAGCGAGACUUUCUGCCUCCCCUCUGCAGGCUCUGCGUCAUUCUCCAGACUGGGCAAGCAGGGACAUCCUCAGCGGGGCUGAAGCUGCAGGAGGAGCCAAGUGACAUCCAUUGGGCUUGGUGUGCCAGGAAGAGCUGAGCCAGGGCAGAGAGGAAGCCGGCACAGGACAAGCCAGGUCCCUUCUGCUUUCGUGCGCCGUGCUGGGAGGCAGGAUGGCUCGGAAGAUGAGCAUUGAUGAGCUGGAGGACCAGCUCCUCUGUCCCAUCUGCCUGGAGGUCUUCAAGGAGCCCCUGAUGCUGCAGUGUGGGCAUUCGUACUGCAAGUCCUGCGUGGUGACACUGUCCUCGGAGCUGGACGGGCAGUUCCUGUGCCCUGUGUGCCGCCAGAGCGUGGACUGCAGUGCCUCGCCGCCCAACGUCACAUUGGCCCGUGUCAUCGAGGCGCUGCAGAGCCGGGGCGAGGCAGAGUCCACCCCGGAGUCCUGCCCAGUCCACCACAAUCCCCUCAGCCUCUUCUGUGAGGAUGACCAAGAGGUGAUCUGCGGACUGUGCGGCACCAUCGGCAACCACCGCCAGCACAAGAUCACCCCCAUCUCUACCACAUACUGCCGGAUGAAGGAGGAGCUGUCUGUGCUGCUAACUGACGUCCACCAGUGCAAGAGGAACCUGGAUGAACAAUUCAGCAGGCUCAUCAACAACAAAAUACGUAUUGCAAAUGAGGCAGAUGUCUUCAAGUGUGUGACCCGUAAGGAGUUCCAGGAGCUGCACAGGUACAUCGACGAGGAGAAGGACACCUUCCUGGAGAGUGUCGAAGGGAAGGCAACCCAGCUUAUCACCUCCAUUGAGUCCCAGGUCAAGCAGACGUCAGAUGCUCUGCAGAGGCUGAAGGAGAUGGAGAGCUCGCUGGAGAUGCUCAACAAUGAGAGCCAGCUUGAUUUCAUCCGGAAAUACAGCUCCUCCCAGUUCAGGUCAGAGCUUCCCAGCCUGCAGCUGGGCGAUGGCAUCUUCAGCCCCGUUUCCUUCAAGCCAUGUUUCCACCAAGAUGACAUCAAGAUGACUGUGUGGAAGCGCCUGCACCGCCGGGUUCUGCCAGCUCCAGAGAUGCUGAAACUGGACCCCGUGACUGCACAUCCUCUCCUGGAACUCUUCAAGGGUGACACAGUGGUGCAGUGUGGUCUCUAUCAGCGCCGGGACAGCAACCCCAAGCGUUUUGACUCCAGCAACUGCAUCCUUACCAGCAAGGGCUUCUCCUGUGGUCAGCACUACUGGGAGGUGAUCGUGGGCACCAGGAACCACUGGCGCAUUGGCAUCAUCAAGGGUACAGUCAGCCGCAAAGGGAAGCUCAGCAAGUCUCCUGAGAAUGGAGUGUGGCUCAUUGGCCUAAAGGAAGGGAAAAUCUACGAGGCCUUCAGCACCCCACGGGCCACCCUGCCACUGGCUGCCCGGCCUCAGCGCAUCGGGAUCUAUCUGCACUACGAGAAGGGAGAGUUGACCUUCUACAAUGCCGACAGCCCUGAUGAGCUCAGCCCCAUCUACACCUUCCAGGCAGAGUUCCAGGGCCAGCUCUACCCUAUUGUGGACCUGUGCUGGCCAGAGCGAGGGCCCUACUCCCUGCCCAUCAUCCUGCCCAGACCUGCCAUGAGCCAGCACCCCCACGUGCCGUACAAACACCCUGCCCCAGAGGAGCCCACCAAACUGUAGUCUGUCCAGCAGGAUGAACCUCUGGCCAUGGAAGACUAGGGCUUGCCUUAUUUCCUGGAGUGCUACCUCAGCUAUGGGAUGGACAUGGAAACAGGUUCUUUGGCCCUUUACGACAAGGAAGCUGUCACUAAGCAAAGCUGCCUGCUGUGCCACUUUUGGUGGGGAGGGGGUUCAGGCCUAGUGCCUGCCUUUGGUCCUGGCCCCAUGGCUAAUUCCUGCCACCUGUCUCUGCCCAAACACCAAUGGGCUGCUCUGGACCUGCACUGGUAGUCGGUCCCCCUCAUGCAGAGCAUGAUACAAAGGCAGCAAUGCUCUGCCCUGAUCACCAUGUCCCACCUGAACAGACCAAGACAGGCACUAGGGAAACCUGUGGCACGUUCAAAGAGUCUUCUGUUGACUGCAUUUCUGCUGGCUAUUGAUUAGUGACUGCUCUGGCCAAGGGAAAUGGCCUGCAGCUAUGCUACAGGGAAGAUGGCAGGCAAAGAGGGCCUACAGCAGACAAAAGUCAUUUUGUGGACAGGGUUGUUUGACGUGGAACCUGUUCUACUAGAGAACGAGAUUCAGCAACCCUGGAAGGGUCCUUCCAGUCUCCUCUAACAACAAAAUGGCGGUCCUGGUCUGUGAAUGCCCAUCCUCAACCUAACAAGCAGAACUGAAGUACAUCUGGCCUGCAAAGAUCUCCCUAUGGAAAUGAAUGCCGGACUAAAGAAGGAAAGCUGUAAAGCAUCCGGGGAGGGUCUUUGUUGGCCUGCCCUUCUUCUGAAUAAUCAGACUUUGCCUUAGGUGAGCUGGUUGCUGGCUAACACUGUCACUGCCUGAGGAAGCAGAACUGCAGUCAGACCUGAACAGGCCAUUGCGGUGGUCUGCAGGGGUUCAUAGGGCUGCUGGGAGAGGAAAAUGGGUGUCUUAAAAGCAGCAGCCAGAGAGCUAUUUGCUAGCCAGUGAGCAGCUGACGGGGCUGACACGUAUUAGCUGAGGGACUGUGGGACCGUGACGGCAGCAAGCCAGCCUGGCUAGGCAGGUCAUCUCUUCCGGCUUCUUAGGGAUGUUAGCUGGUGCUGAAAUCAGGGUGUCUCCCACCCAGCCUGAUUUGGGGUGACACACUGCACCUGGCAGGGCUGUGGGCAGCAGCACUGGCCAUGUGGAGGUGCUCACUGGGGGCGAGGAGGUGUGAAAAGAGCAGGACCAGGCACCCCGAUGUCCCAGGUGAGUCACGACCCAACAGGCUCUGCCUGCUACCCCUACAAACAGCCUGAGAGCAGCACUCCCAACAGUCUUGCCUCCCUCCAACUAGGCCCACAGGGCAUCUUUAUUCUGGGGAACUGCAAGGAACGUGAGACAAAAUAUCUGACACAGAGCACGCAUUUUAUUACCAGUUACUACGGAUUUAAAUGUUGCUGCUUUAGUUCUGAAAUUCAAGCAGUUCCAGUUCCUAAAUCACAGUAACCCAUUAAAGCUCUAAUGCAACAGACAUUACACAAUGCUUUCUUCUCCGUUACCAUGUCAGUCUGGCUGGAUCCUCAUAUAUUGGCAACUGGUCGUGCAUCUUUUACGGUUAGAUCUGCAGCAUCUUAGAAACAGAACUGCUUCCUAUUUUUACCAACCUUGAGAAGUUCCCAUCAUAUCUACUCCUCCAAAAGACAUGUGUUACAAUCUGAUUUCAAAACAAAACGACAUCACCUUGAGCGGCAGGACCCUUCCUCUUCUCAGCAUACAGGUGGCUCUGAAAAAUAUGCAAGUCAGAGGCAGUUUCUCAGAAAAAUACAAAGUAUUUUUCAAAGUAGCAAAGUAGCAUUUUUGAUUUGGUUCUUAUGUCACUGUAUCUCUGAUGUAAAAGCGUGCACCACUUAUCA